AUGGAGGAAGCAGUGGUGCAAUAUGACGAUGUAAUUAGUGUUGAAACUCAAUUUGCGAAAGCAUUGGAGGAGUAUCAAUUAUCUUUAAAUACAGUCCAUAAUAAUAAUAACAAUAACACAACAACUAUAAAUGAUGACCGAAUAGAAGAUGAUUCCACAUCACAAGCAUUGCCCCAAGAUUUUGUACGGAAAUUUAGUGAGAUUACUGCAAAGAGAGCACUAGAUAUUAAAACUGAAAACAUAAAUGAUGAAGAUAAUUCUUUUGUUAAUGAAGAGUUUAUAAACUGGGAUUUAGAAACAAAAUUAUGGAGAUUAGUUGAAAACCUUUACUAUUCUAGAGUUUUUGAGAGAGAAGACUUUGCAAAUGAAUAUGAGAAACAAAGAUCUGAUUUGUUGGUGAUAUUGGACUGGAUACAAUAUAAUUCAACUAUUGAUCCGAUACCAAAUGAUGAUGAUGAUGAAUCAAUAAAACUUCGAAAUAAGUGGGCUAAUACAAGAGUUGCACUUGAAACAUCGAAAUAUAAUGCAUUAACUGGAGAUGAUGAAAAGGUCAAUUUGGUCGAACAUUUAGAUUCAGAUGCACCAUUAAGAAAUAAUAAAGAGAUUGAACCAAGUGAUAUUGACAUUGACUCUAAAAAUUUCAAAAUAAUAUAUCAAUUAUUGUUAUUAGGUGAGAUUAAAAGUGCAAUAGAUUAUUCAAAAGAUACUGGAAAUUUCACAAUGGCUUUGAUACUAGCUGGCGAAAUGGACAUACGAGACCAAGAAACUGAUGUUUCUAAUUUUAAUAAAGCUACAUGGAUCAAAUUAGUCUAUAAUUUAUCAAAAAACCCAAAUAUAGGCUAUUAUGAAAAAUUGAUAUAUAAUUAUUUGAGUGGUGGUGAUGUGAGUGAAAAUUUGAAGUUAGCGUCUAAUUCUUACGAAGAAUACUUAAAUGUAUUAAUUAGUCAGUUAUUAAGUUAUGGCAUUUUGAAAACUCUGAAAUCAUCAGGGUUGAAAGAUUUGGUUGUACCAGAACCACAAGUUAAGACUUUAGAGGAAAUAUUAAAUGUAAUAUCGGCGGCGACUGGUACCCGAGCUAGUGAGGAAAGUUUUCAUCCUAUUAGAGUCAUAGCUGGCUCUGUCAUGAUUGAAAAAUCUGAAAAUAUCUUUGCAGACUUAACAGAGAAUACUGUGGAUGACAUUUUAAGAAUAGUCACUCAUUUAGCUAUUUUCUUAGCAUUAAUUAAACCACUUGAAAAACCAGAUCAACUAAAUGCCGUCAUUUCAUUAUACGUUUCAAAAUUAUCUGAAAAAGGUCAAAAUGACUUAAUACCAAUCUAUUUAUCAUUCAUACCAGAUGAGGAAGACGCAAGAGAAAUAUAUUCAAUUAUUCUUUCUUCGAUUACAGAUAAACAAGAAAGGUCAAAACAAUUACAAAUCGCUAAAAGAAUUACACAGACUCUUGGUGAUUCAGACGAUCUUGUGGAGAUAGAUCGAGAUCAAGAUCUCAAACUUACAAAUGCAUUAAGAAGAACAGUGGAAAGAGUCAUUGAAGAAACAGCUCCAUAUUACGAACAAUCUGGACCAGUUUUAGUUCACGAUGAAGAUGAUAUACAGAAUUCAGAAGUUGAUGAUAUUGAUUUUAAAUUAUAUUCUUCUGUGGAAUGGUUUUAUGAAAAUAAAAUGUAUGAAAAUGCAAUAAAAGCUACUAUUAUUGUUAUACGUCGUUUCUUAGUUAUGGGAAAACUAUCAAGUUUAAAAAAAUUUGCUGAAGAUAAAAAUUUUAAAAAUUUAAUAUCAGAUUAUAAUUUUCAGAGUUUAAGUAAUGAAGAAAAUAUGGAGUCAGUUACAGAAGAUAUGAAAAAUGAAUUAUUAAAUUAUUCAAAUUUCAUUGAAGCUUUAAAAUUAAUGAGUCAAUGGAGACAAUUUUCUGCUGAUAAAAAUCCAUAUAAUUCAUCAAAUAUAGAUUUAUCAUUAAAUAAAACUAGUAGAGUAUUGACGGAUAUAUUAAAUGAUUGGUUAGUUGAAUUUUCAGAUCCAAUAUUAAAAGAAUUUAGAGUACUUUAUAUUCCAUAUAUAAUUUUGGAGUUACUUACAAUCUAUCAAAAUGCUAGAUCAAAAGAUUGGAAAUAUAUAAAAAUGGCAUUUGAAUUAAUAAAUAAAGUAGCAGAUGAUUCACAAAAUGAUUUUUUACAUUGUUUUAAAUCGAGUGAUAGAUUACAAGAAUUUCUUAAAAGAAUUGGUGAAUUAAGUAUAAUAGCUAGUGAAGGAGGAUUAAAUACAUUAUAUUGUCUAUAG